UAUUACUGUUAGACAAUGCACACUGCUCACACACGCACACAUACACGCACACGCACUACUCGCGUUGAACUCGAACGAACUAGACAGUGCGCCGAAAUUGAAACAAUCAAACUUUAAAUGUCUGAGUUUAUCUGCGUGUUUAUAGAGCUGCGUGUUCUUUCUAAUUUCUCUUUCUGUAAUCUGCCACUUGGUUUGUUUUUCAAGAGGAUUUCUGUGUAUAUUUGCAAACCUAAGGACUUGUUACUGAUAGGACUUUACUGAACUCAAAAUGUCAAUUUUGCCUUUCACUCCCCCCAUUGUGAAAAGGCUUUUGGGUUGGAAAAAGGGAGAACAAAAUGGUCAGGAUGAGAAGUGGUGUGAGAAAGCAGUGAAGAGUCUGGUAAAGAAAUUGAAGAAAACGGGCCAACUGGAUGAAUUGGAGAAAGCCAUCACUACUCAGAAUAUCAACACGAAAUGCAUCACCAUACCGAGGUCUCUGGACGGCCGUCUCCAGGUGUCCCACAGGAAGGGGCUGCCCCACGUCAUCUACUGUCGCCUGUGGCGCUGGCCAGACCUGCAGUCCCACCAUGAGCUGCGGGCGGUGGAGCUCUGUGAGUACGCGUUUCACAUGAAGAAGGACGAGGUGUGUGUCAACCCCUACCACUACCAGCGGGUGGAGACGCCAGUACUGCCUCCAGUGCUUGUGCCCAGACACUUGGAGAUCCCAAGUGAGUACCCACCACUGGAUGACUACAGCCACUCCAUCCCAGAGAAUACUAACUUUCCUGCCGGCAUCGAGCCCCAAAGCAACUACAUACCAGAGACACCACCGCCAGGCUAUCUCAGUGAGGAUGGGGAGACCAGUGAUCACCAGAUGAACCACAGCAUGGACACAGGCUCCCCCAACCUGUCACCAAAUCCUGUCUCUCCCACACACAGCAACCUUGACCUGCAGCCGGUGACGUACUGUGAGCCGGCCUUCUGGUGCUCCAUCUCCUACUACGAGCUCAACCAGCGUGUGGGCGAGACCUUCCACGCCUCUCAGCCCUCCAUGACAGUGGAUGGCUUCACAGACCCUUCCAACUCUGAGCGUUUCUGCCUCGGCCUGUUAUCUAACGUCAACCGCAACGCCGCUGUGGAACUCACACGCCGUCACAUUGGCAGGGGUGUGCGUUUGUACUACAUCGGAGGAGAGGUUUUUGCCGAGUGUCUCAGCGACAGCGCCAUAUUUGUCCAGAGUCCCAACUGUAACCAGCGCUACGGCUGGCAUCCCGCUACCGUCUGCAAGAUCCCACCUGGUUGCAACCUGAAGAUUUUCAACAACCAGGAGUUUGCAGCUCUCUUGGCCCAAUCAGUCAACCAGGGCUUUGAGGCUGUCUACCAGCUGACCCGCAUGUGCACCAUACGCAUGAGCUUUGUCAAGGGCUGGGGAGCAGAGUACAGGAGACAGACGGUGACCAGCACCCCUUGCUGGAUUGAGCUGCACCUCAACGGGCCCCUGCAGUGGCUGGACAAGGUGCUCACACAGAUGGGCUCCCCCAGCAUCCGCUGCUCAAGUGUGUCGUAAAAGCCCACCCCUUCCUCUCAACCCCACGUCACAGCAUCCAUCAGUAAGCCAAUACACAAACUGGGAAACCUGUUCAUGCACCCCCUGUUCAUGCCCCCCCGUCCCUCACACACACACCUCAUCGUUAUUGGUAGGCCUUUUUAAUACGCUGGCACAUUGGUGGUGAAAAGGGGUGAGUGCAUUAAACAGUACCGUUGAAGUAUUGUCUCCAUAAUAUGUCCAUAUUUUUUAUGUUUUAUGUACAAAAAACACUUUUUACAUCUAGUGCCAAACUUGCUAUAGCAUGUGUGGUCGAAUUUCUUUUCAAGUACAUUCUAGAAUGUAUUUUUGAAGAUUAUUUUUCUGUCUUUCCUUAAACUCUCAUGUUGUAGGACGUAAUGACUAAUGUAGAUGUUCCAAAAUAUGUACAGAUGGCAUGAUUAGGCACACACAAAAUUACAUUUUGAACACACUUAAAAGGUGUGAAUCUAUUCAAAAUGUCCAUAUUUGAGGUUGGUUAUAAAUGUCUCCUGUAGUGCACGAGGGAAAUGUAUGUAUGUGUGUGCUUUAAGGCACCUGUAUUAUACUCCUACUGAAAUUUUAAUGGUUAUUUUUAUCACAAGAAUGCUCUUAUAUAAUGGCCCUAGAAGUCCCUUUUUUCAUCAGUGUAAAGAACACUUUAUGAAAGUAUAAAGAUCAUUUGAUGUGCAAGGAAAUGAGUGGUUCAGCCCAAAUGUAUUUUGUUUUAUGUAAAAUUAAAAAAAGACACUGCAACAAUACAGUACAAACAGACUUUCCACAUGCAGGUCUGCAGGUAACAAUUUACACAAACACAGACAGAAAAGAAAAGAAACAUGAAAACAUAAGCAACACAACAGCAUGAUACGUCCCAGAAUCUCCCCUCCCAACACACAUGAAGGGUUCUAGUGCAUCUUGCUGUCUAAUGAUCCCUACCAAAUCAUUCUCUGAAGAAGCUACCCCACAUUUCAGUAAAUUUGGACACAGAAUCGUUCAGUUUACCUAACAUUAACAUACAUACAUUAAUUAUGUAUGUAUGUAUGUAUGUAUGUAUGUAUGUAUGUAUGUAUGUAUGUAUGUAUGUAAAUCCAGUUCUUAUAACUAGGUAUGGUUGUAUGUUUCCAGUUCCUUAGUAUAAUCCUGACUGCGUUACGGAAACCUGCAAGGACUAAUCCAAACUGUGCCGUAAGUUCAGCUGGUAGAACAGAUUUGUCUCCCAGAAAGCAGAAUUGUGCCGAGCUUGGCAGCUGAUCCAGCUUCUUAAACCACUCGGGUCCAACAUGGGGAAAACAACGGGACAGUCCCACAUCAGAUGUAGAAAAGUAUGCAGAGAACUCUUACAUUUCCACUCAUUGCUUUGAAUUAGACCAGACUUUAAAUCUGACUGGAGUCCAAUAAUAUCAAAGAAUUUAUGUAACUAAUACAUCACAUCUUUAUAUCUCUUACUGGCAAACUCAUGUUAGGGACAGUUUUCUUGUUAAAGCUCAAUGUUGAGCUCCUUUCGCCAUAUUAUCCUCAAAUUCAAUGUUUUACCAUACAGAGCAUGUGUUGCCAUUUUAUCAAAUACAGAGGAUAAUGGUAACCUUUAAAAAUCUACGUGAUUGGUGGUAUUUUCAAAAGUCCCCUUUAUCAAUUAAAAAAUAUUUAAUUUUACUCCUGAUAGGAGUUAAACACUCCAUUCCCAAAUAGUUCAGCAAUUGUGGCUAAACCCUUAGUGUGCCAUACCCUCCAACAUUAUCACUCAUCAAGCGCUCUCCAAAUUGUCCCCCCAAGUCCCGUCAAGUAGCAUAUACUGUACUGGGUGCCAUGUCUUAGUUGGUUUGUCACCAGUACCUUGGGUGGGUUCCCUGAAUACCUAGAAGUCGGUCAGUGUUUGGCCUAAUCCAUCUUGUUGGAAACAGCCCAGCACUCCAGAUCAUUCCUCUGAUCCCAGUUGAUUAGGACUGUGGAUUUGAACCUUGGUCCAGAUGUCUCUCGAAACAGGGUAUGAUUUCUACGUGUAUUACGGUUCAUCCACUUGGACAUGUUGCUUUGCUCUAAGUGAUUUUAGAUUCUGUGUUUAUGAAUGACAAAAUGAACAAGGGGAAACACAAAUGUAGGUCUGUAAUGACUUCCCAGUGGUUAUGAUGGUUAUACGUUGAAACACUUUGUUGCUCAGUUACACCGUAAUUCCUAGUCAGUUGUUAUCAUUGUAAGUUUAUAACUUUGUUAAACACCAGUGAAUGCUGUCCUGUGUACAGUUUUUACACGAGAAUAUAGUAGUGAAUGUUUUCGUUUUAGUGCCACGUGUCCAAGCGAAUCCAUCAUCACACUGUAAUAAUAAUCUCUCUUAUAUAGCUAGACUAAGGAUGCCAUAAACUCCAAUUCAGUGCCAAAUGGAAGAAAAGCAUAGCUCUGAUCUGAUUUAGUGCACAGUUGGUUCUAGCAGAUGUAGCAGAGGAUUAUUGGGCCACGUCACACAAUUACAUCAUUCUUCUAAAAUGACAAUACAAAUGUUGAAAACUAUGGCACCUCAGCAGCCAGCAUAGUUGACAAAGUGAACUUUCCGUACAAGGAAAAAGAAAGGCCUGUUUGUAAACAAUGCAUACAAUUAUGCAAUUUGAGGCUAGUCUGAAAGCCUGUACAGACCGCAGUUUUGUAUUUGCAUAUGGUAUUUUGCUUUCUGUACACUACUUGAGUAUGAAUAUUUCAAAACUGUUUACCAAUUUCCUACAUUUUAUGUUUUCAGAUCAAUUCAUUGAUUUGUCUGAUAGUAUCUAGAGAAGCAAAAAGUAUUGUUCCUCUGCCUUGCUACUGAAGCAGGUAUAAAUAAUUAACGUGUGAUUUACAGAAGUUUAGACUUCUGCUAUUGUGACAUCCCCAAUUUACAUCCACAUUUAACAGAGCCAGAUGUUUAACUAUUCAUUAGCAUAGACCAUGGAAGUGCACAAGCAUGCACAUUCUAAAGUGUUCAACCUCGUUGGUCUUAGGGACCUUGUCUAUUAUGGUUUCUCAUUGACUUGAUCCUCUUUGGACCACCUCAAUGUUUUAAAUUAUAAACAAACUGAUACAAAUGCAUGUUUUCUCUUUGUACUGGAUCUGUUUUGCUAUCAAGUAUUUUUUUAAACUUUUGUGCAUUUUUGCAUUCUUGUCAGCAUUGCAAUUGAGACAAAAACUGCUGGCAGGGUCUGUGAAUGCUGUCCUUGUAUUUUUGUACCAGAAAGGAAAGUGUUUUGGGGAAAACAGAGUUUAUUUUAGAAACGGAAAUUGUUGGGAUUUGUAGAUACACAAUAGAACCAAGUUUUCUCAGUCUGUGGGACCUUAUAUAGUGUGCCCUCUUUAAGGAGUAGGGAUGAAAAUGUGUUUGUGUAUGCACCUGCCUGUGUAGGCAGUUGUGUGUUUGUUCAUGUAUCUUCAUGACUUAUGCCCCUUAUGCUCUUUAUGGUUUUGGGCAAAAGGAGAAAAGAAGGGAAAUCAUGCAUGCUGACAUGCUGUGUGAUCUACGACAGUUGCAUGCUUACAUUACAGGCCCCUCUAUAUAACAUACUGUAUAAAUUGUUCCUUGAAUGGAAUUAUGUCUGAGUGCUUGCAUUGCUCCUCACUAUGUCUAAAACAGUACUGUACAUCGGCAUAUUUAGGAAAGCAGGUGCUAGGGAAUAUGGCUAGCAAUAGAUCAAAUGUGCAUUCUCAAGUGUCUUACCUCUUACUAGCCCAAUGGUGCUACUUUUUUACAUGCAAAACCUAGGAAGUGUGUGUAAAGAUAGGUGAAAAAGCAUAUACAAUCUAGAGUUUCAGGAGAUGAGGCAAGGCUGUCCAUUGUUCCCUAAUUUUUCACCUCUUGCCAAAUAUUGUCAAAAAGCUAGUGUCCUAAACAGUUUCAGAUGAGGUAGUAUCUACUGAUCUGAGAUUAGAUUUCUAGAAAAGGGUAAACAUUUAUGUCAAGCAAUUGGCAAUUAAAAAAGCCAUAACGAAUACGUUUCCUCAGUAGGGAACACGUCUUCUGGAUGAUCUUCAACUGAUAGUGCUUCUUCUGUUCUCUCUCUAUUUUCCUGUUACUGUACAUAUGUGUUGUUUGUUUGCUCUGAAUUGUUUUAGAUGUUUUAUUUGUAUAAAGAUAUACCCCUGUUUUUUCUCUUUAAAAACUGUCAAAAAAUAAAUUGCUAUUUGUU